AAUUGUCGAAUAUAAUUCAACGCGUGGACUGUUCACUUUUUAUUUCAAGUUAGAAACGAUAUAAUUUGCUGAUACUAAUGUAGGUUGUAAUAAUCUAGUUUUGGCGGAUGAAAAUUGUAAAAUGUUCAUGGUGCGAAAUAGUAUAUGACGCAUCAGGUGCGUCUUCAAUUUCGUAAUAUACGUAUGACGCACCCGGUGUGUCUUCAAUUUCAUAGUCUACAUAUGACGUACUCGGUGCGUUUUCAAUUUCAUAGUGUACAUAUGACGCACCCCGUGCGUCUUCAAUUUCAUAGUGUAUGUAUGACACACCCAGUGCGUCUUCAAUUUCAUAGUGUACGUAUGACGCACCCCGUGCGUCUUCAAUUUCAUAGUGUACGUAUGACGCACCCAGUGUGUCAUCAAUUUCAUAGUAUACAUGACGCACCCGGUGCGUCAUCAAUUUCAUAGCAUACAUGACAAACUCGACGCGUCUUCAAUUUCAUAAUGUACAUGUGACGCACCCAGUGUGUCAUCAGUUUCAUAGUAUACAUGACGCACCUUAUGCGUCAUCCAUUUCAUACCAUAUAUGAUACAGUCGGUGCGUCUUCAAUUUUACAAUAUAUAUAUAUGACGCACUCAGUGUGUCUUCAAUUUUAUAGUAUAUAUAUAUAUGACGCAUCUGGUGUGUCAUGAAUUUCAUAGGAUAUAUAUGACACACCCACUGCGUCAUCAAAUUUCAUAGUAUACAUAUGACGCAUACGAUGCGUUUUCAUACAACAGACAACACCCGACAUUGACAGAUAAUUUGUACGCACGCAUUUUCGAUUUCAUCGAACAACGUAGGACGCAGAUCGUGUAUCACGUUACUGACUACUGUAGGACGCACAUGGUAUUUUAUUAAUUCUAUUGAAUAAUGUAGGACACAUGUGGUGCAUUGUCGAUUUACAUUGCCUAAUGUGAAACCUAUAGAUCAGUUCAUAUUUAGUGUAAUAUGCACGUGGUGUUCGUUUGUAUUGCUUAAUGUAAGACGCAUAAGGUGCGUCGUUGAUUGUAUUCUGUAAUGUAGGACGCAUACGGUGCGUCGGCUAUUUGUAUUCCCUAAGACGAGACGUGUACAAUGCGCUUAUAAUUUCCAUUGAGAAAUGUGAGACAUGUACGACGCAUCAUCGGUUUGUGUUGUCUGAUGUAGGACGCAUACGGUGCGUCAUCGAGUAUUGUGUAACACAUACCGUAUAUCACUAAGUCUAUUGCUUAAUAUAAAAUGCAUGUAAUACGGCAUUAGUUAUAUUGUCUUAUGUUAAACGCAUAAUGUGCGUCACUUAGGUAUAUUGACCAAUAUAAGACGCACAUGGUGCGUCAAUUGGAAACAUUGUCUAAUAUAAGACGCAUAUAGUGCGUCAAUUAGAUAAAUUGUUUAAUAUAAGACGCACGUAGUGCGUCAAUUAGAAACAUUGUCUAAUAUAAGACGCACGUAGUGCGUCAAUUAGAUACAUUGCCUAAUAUAAGACGCACGUAGUGCGUCAAUAAGAUACAUUCUUUAAUAUGACACACAUAGUGCGUCAAUUAUAUACAUUGGCUAAUAUAAGACGCACAUAGUGCGUCCAUUAAAUACAUUGUCUAAUAUAAGACGCAUAUGGUGCGUCAAUUACAUACAUUGUCUAAUAUAAGACGCACAUAGUGCGUCCAUUAAAUACGUUGUCUAAUAUAAGACGCACAUAGUGCGUCAAUUACAUACAUUGUCUAAUAUAAAACGCAAAUAGUGCGUCAAUUACAUAUAUUGUCUAAUAUAAGACGCACAUAGUGCGUCAAUUAGAUACAUUGUCUAAUAUAAGACGCACGUGGUGCGUCAAUGAGAUACAUUGUUUAAUAUAAAACAUAUGCUGUACAUCAUAAUUAUAUUGUCUAAUACAAGACGCACAUGUUGCGUCACAUAGUUACAUUGUCUAAUGUAAGACGCACAUGGUGCGUCCAUUAAAUACAUUGUCUAAUAUAAGAGGCACAUAGUGCGUGCAUUAAAUACAUUGUCUAAUAUAAAACGCACAUAGUGCGUCAAUUACAUACAUUGUCUAAUAUAAAACGCAAAUAGUGCGUCAAUUACAUAUAUUGUCUAAUAUAAGACGCACAUAGUGCGUCCAUUAAAUACAUUGUCUAAUAUAAGACGCACAUAGUGCGUCAAUUACAUACAUUGUUUAAUAUAAGACGCACGUAGUGCGUCAAUGAGAUACAUCGUUUAAUAUAAAACGUAUGCUGUACAUCAUAUAAUUAUAUUGUCUAAUACAAGACGCACAUGUUGCGUCACAUAGUUACAUUGUCUAAUGUAAGACGCACAUGGUGCGUCCAUUAGAUACAUUGUUUAAUAUAAGACGCACAUAGUAGGUCAAUUAGAUAGAUUGUCUAAUACAAGACGCACAAGGUGCGUCCAUAAGGUAGACGCACCUUGUGCGUGUCAAUUAGAAAGAUAUCCGUACCACUAAAUAUAUUCCGCCACAGACGAAAGAAGAACACUAAAGAACUGUAAAGAAGGCUAAAGAUAGGAAUGUUUCUAUAGGAUACAUUACGCCGUGGAGAUCGUAGCACGCCCACGAGUGACGUCGAGAGCAGGGCCGGCGUAUCGAGGCCGAGAAUCGGGACUUUCGUCAUUAGCUGGUGUUUCGGGACGAUCGGUACGGAAAUGCCAUUCCGAACGGGAGAAUAUUAAUGCGCUUAUAAAUAAACCGGAGGAAAAAUCCAGCGAGUGGAGGUGGCGUCGCGACGCUUCUGCUCCGCGUCGCUUCGAAUCGCAGCGUCCAUCAGACGCAACACGCUUUAGUUCCGCUCCACCUGGCCGAGUAUUUCGAGUAUAGAACACGCGCUCGCACGGUUUCACGCUUUUCUUCGGGGACACGUGAUUCCUUCGUGAUACGAGAGAACAACCUUAAUUCACUGGGAUUCAAUAUACGGGAAUUACUUCAAUUAAUUUUUGAUGUGAUCGGGAGUCUUCAGGUGUAUAGUUUGUGGCUGUGGAAGUUUGGAGGACUUGAGGUGGUUGAACAAAGAGGAUGUUCGAUGAAGCUCCGUAUAAUUAGGGUUUUGUAUGUUAGAGAAGUUAACUGGAGAACUGGUUGGGGGUUGUAGCUCGGUACAUGUUAAAAGAUACAGCUUCAUAUUAACUCUUGGAAGACGAAUAUCCAUAGCUAACAUAGUACAUAUGAUCACAUUACAACAUAAUAAUACUGUUGAUGAUCACUAUUAAUUUACAUGAAAUUGGAAAUAUAUUUUCACCUGUACUUGCACGCACAGUAAGAAGAAUACAUGAAAAUACAGUACAGACUGGGUCAAUAAACCCUAGAAUUCAAUUAACAAGUUAAUGGAAACUGUGAAGGAACAACAAAAAUGAAAGAAUGAAGAACCAAAAUGAAAGUUAUCGAACAAGUAAGAUGCAAACUCACGAUACACGGAAAUCGAGGUAAUAUUAAAUUGACCUCCCAAGAAAAAGUAGAAUGUAAACUAACCAAGAAAAUCGAGGAGGUUUUACCGCACGUGCCUUCGAAGUUCAAUAAACGCACCUAACACGUGAACAGCGACGAACGCUACAGCGCAAGAAUCUUACAAAACUGUCCUCGCAACGUUCCAAAAAAAUUAACAAACGAACGUGACUUGAUCGCAGAAAUGAUAAAUGAAAUGCCGAGUAAUCGAUGCAACGCCAUUUCACGAACUCAUAAGAACAAAUAAAAAUGUGAAAGAUCAAACCCACAAUGUUAAAGUAGCGAGUGCAAAACUUGUGCCACAAUGUUGAAGAAUUCGAAGCAAAUUAAUUCUGCGGAUGCUUCCGUAUCGCCCGCUUCCGGUCCAGCGAGUCCCUGCACGGAUUCCACCCCGAAGCCAAGAAAGAAGCUGUCGUUCAAGGAACCUGAAAUAUUGAGCUAUCUGAAAUUGAGGAAACCCUUUGGGAAACCGAAACCACCGCCCCUGCAACUGGCUCGAUCGACCAGCAGCGUUGAUUUCAGUUUCGACGAGAACCCCUUCGAGGAGGAGAACGAUGACCUCGAAGAACUCGAGAGUCAAGCGAUGAGGGUGGUCAGAACGGUAGGACAAGCUUUCGAGGUGUGCCAUAAAUUAAGUAUAAACAACGCCACGGAAGACCGGGACAGAGGAGACAAAGAACGGGAGAGGGAUCACGGUGAGAAUCAUCGUGACGUUUACGAGGACCAAGACGAAAUACCGAACGACCAGUCGCAGCCGUCGCCGUCUUCUGUGCACAAAGAUAUAUCGUUGUUAGGUGAUACGGAAGAUUCGGUGCCUGAACAGACAACCGUUCCAUGUCUCCUCAGGUCACAUGAGGUUCCAGCGACCACCGCGUCUACCUCGCCGAUUAGACAAUCGCCAUCGGGCAUGGUGACCUCCGAUUGUGGAGGAUUACUGGUAGGAGGAGAGUUAACUGCUUUGAAGCAUGAGAUUCAGCUGUUGCGAGAACGAUUAGAGCAACAGAGCCAACAAACCAGAGCCGCCGUUGCCCAUGCGCGACUUCUUCAGGAUCAGCUUGCGGCUGAAACGGCAGCCCGCGUCGAAGCUCAAACCAGGACACACCAACUGCUGAUGCAAAACAAGGAACUACUGGAACACAUAGGUGCACUGGUUGGUCAUCUACGAGAACAAGAACGCAUCUCCAGCAGCCAUGUCAGCUCACAGUCUCAAAUGCCUGGCACAGCAACGAUGCAGCAAACCACCACCGUUCCUGACUUGUCGAACCUCGGCCAGUGUCAGCGAACAGGCGGACAAAGUUCACCGUGGGAACUGGAUCCACCUUCUCCAUAUUGCCCUUACGCACCAGACUCGCUGUAUCCUGGGAACCUGAACACAAUAGGAAUUCAAGGAAACAGUACGGCGGAUCAACUGCAGUUUCAGACGCAGCUUCUGGAGAGACUGCAUAAUAUAAGUCCAUAUCAGCCUCAGAGGUCGCCGUACAAUACGCCUUCUCCUUAUGCGAUGGGUCCCAACCUUCUUCUGCCUCCUAGUAGUAGACCAUCUAAUUCGGCUCAACUGUCUCCAAACUCCAUGUCGCUAAGAGUCUCUCAACCCAACAGUUUCUCGUCGUCUCCUGUAAUGACGCAUAAAGUAGAUAACUACUGCGUAAAUCUGGAUGGUGUAGACUCAAAGUCAACGUUCAUAAAACCUCUACCAUGUUCCGGUGAGAAGAACAAUACUCACCUGGCCCAGGAAGCAAAGGGUAAGCAGGAUCGAAUGAACCUACAUGAUGAAAUACCACCAAUCGUGCUGGAUCCUCCACCUCAGGGUAAACGUUCGGAAGUUACGGCUAAGAAAGCGCAGGCUAAAGAGAAUUCGAACGGGCAGGGAACGAAUAAUAAGAGCCAACUGAAGCAGAAGAAUCUGGCAACUAUUUUGAGAACAUCUGGACCACCUCCGUCGCGGACUACCAGCGCGCGUUUGCCUUCGAGGAGUGAUCUGAUGUCUGAGGUGCAAAGGACUACGUGGGCACGUCACACGACCAAGUGAAGAGACCUGCAAAUAGAUUUUCAAAAUCUGAAUAUUCUUGACAGAUGGUUUCUUAAAUUUUAUACUAUUGAGUUAAACUUUGGGACUGCAUAAUUUCUAAGACCUGAUAUAGUUUGUUAUAAAAUUAAUUAAAAUAUUGUAGGCGAGAUGAAAUAUUGUCGGUGCUAUAUUUUCUUCAUUUUGAGUUCAUGGAAUGAUUGGUAAUCAGUAUGUCUUUGGUUAUCAGAAUAGAUGGUUAAUUUUUAGACAAUUUUUGAAUAUGUACGAGUUUUUAUUUAGUGAAUGAAGAAACUUUUUAAGUGUCUAUAUUGUUAUUGAAUAGUAAAGCGAAUUGUAAAAUAUUUAGUAUCUUUUAAACUGGCGAUCUCGUGCCAAAGUAGAGCUAUUUUAAAUAAACUUCUGAAUUGAGAAACUUGUGAUCAACGUGUGACCAAUGAUUGUAUAUAAAAAACGUGUUAUUCUUGUACAUACUAAAUUUCAAUUAUUUUACAUGACAAACGAUUGUGUCGUUAUAAAAACAAAGAUACAACUUUUAGACUAGUCUCUGUAAGUUUUAUUCAAUGUUUUUUAUGAUCUUAAAACAAGGAAGAGAACCUUUCAUAUACAAUUUCAAGAACAAGUGUAUUCAAUUGGGAGAACAGAUACAAUCUUUGUAUAAAAUCUGUCAAUCUCAAAAAUUGUUCAUAGAAAACAUAUUAAAGUUACAAGUGAAACAAAGGCUAGAAUAGCUGACAUAAAAAUAGGAUGUAAAAUUAAUGAUGGUCUGUUCAAAUAUUAACAUGACCUAUAAAUAAAAUAUUCUGUAAAAAAAUUGUGUCUAAUUGAAUUUUACAAUGAAGAACCAUUUAUAAUGACGUUUUUGCGUUGGCGGGGUAGCCACCACUAUUAAUGGCGUGCAACCGAAUGCGUGUUACUACAUUAUAUCAGUCAUAACGUAAUCAAGUUACGAGGUUCAUUAUUCUGAAUGUGCUCGUAGUUUUCUACCUUCCUAUCAGUAUAUUGGUAGAGCGUGAAAAGACCAGAACAAUUUAGCUCCAUCAAAAGAGACUUUAAAAAUUAUUUAACUCCUUCGGUGUGAAUUUUCAAAUUUAAUAUAAAUUUUCAAAUUAUCA